AUGGAGCAAGAGAAAAGCGUCCAACCGAACGACGAUGUCGCUCAAACACCUCCAGAGCCAGAGCCAAAGAAGGAAUCUCCAGAAAACUCAGAGAAGGAAGAGAUUUCUGAGAAGGCCGAAGAUGCAGAAGAGAAACCACAAGAACCAAUCAUGGUAGAUGCAUCCGAGUACGAAGCCUUCAAGAAAUGGCAAGAGAAGAAGAAUGCCAAGGAAUCCAAGAAGGAUAAGAAAGAAAAGAAGGACAAGAAGGAGAAGAAAGAAAAGAAGGAUAAGAAGGAUAAGAAGGACAAGAAAGACAAAGAAGACAAGAAGGAUAAGGAAGAGAAGGAAGGAAAGAAGGAUAAGAAGUGCAAGAAAGAGAAGAAGGAUAAGGAAGAAAAAGAAUGCAAGAAAGACAAGAAGUGCAAGAAGGACAAGAAAUGCAAGAAGCACCACAAGUCUGAUUACUCCUCCGACUCAUCCUCUUCUUCCUCAUCAUCCUCAUCAUCGUCAUCUUCCUCUUCUUCAUCAUCCAGCUCAUCCGAUGACGAAUUCUCACGCAGAGAACACCGCCGCUUCAACAGAUUUGGCUUCCCAUUCCCAUUCCACCCACCAUUUGGAAGACAUUUCCACAGAGAACAUAUGUGCCCACCACCAUUCUUUGGUGACUUCGGCGGACCAUGGGACACAUGCCUCCUCCACCACCACCACCUCCUUGCGGCAAGCACCAUCAUCACCAUCAUCAUCACGGCCCACCAGGCUGGAUGA